AUGAAAGGUAUUCGUAGUGAGACGGCCAUAGACAGUGACAGGUCUAGUCUGGACGUUAAGCCAGUUGCAAACAAUGACAGCAAUGAAGAAAACAGAAGUGACGUAUUGUCUGAUGGUCUAAUGGAUUCUUCUCUGAUUAAGCAGAAUGUGGCUGAAAAAACCAACUCUAGUGAUAUUGAUUUGGAGGAAGUUUAUGACUACAUAAGAGUAGGUGUUCAUGCUGUGCCUUCUCUGAGCAACCUCCAUAUCCAUAUCAUAUCAAAAGAUAUGUGCUCGCAGAGGAUGAAGAAUGCUAAACAUUACAACUCAUUUAGCACGAGUUUUUUUGUUGAUUUUGAUGAUAUUCCAAAUCUCGAUCCCUUUGACAAGAGAUACAACUCUGCUUAUAUGACUAACUUGGUUGGAAAGAAAUCACUUGUUUGCUGCUGGUGUCAGAAGGAUUUCGGCCGGUCUUUUAAAGCGUUAAAAGAACACUUGUCUGCCGAAUACAAUAAGAGAUUCGACCCGUUGUAA